AUGUUCAUUUCGAAGGAUAACCGCCUCGUUUUCACAUACGAUGCCGAGCAGCUAUGGAUCGAGCCCUGGGGCAAGAACGCAGUCCGCGUUCGUUCCACCAAGAUGCCCACCAUGCCACAGGAGGACUGGGCGCUCCUUCCACAACCCAAGACCACUGCCAGCAUCGACAUUGCCAGCAACGAUGAGUCAGCAACCCUGACCAAUGGCCUCGUCAAAGCCACCAUCAGCAAGCGAGGCAAGAUCACCAUCUUAAACACCAGCGGUAAAGUUCUCUUAGAAGAAUACGCCCGUAACCGCCGCGAUAUUGUCGACCCCAAAUGCAGCGCGCUGGAAGUCGAAGCCCGGGAAUUCUAUCCUAUCCAUGGAGGCGAUUACAAGCUUACCGCUCGAUUCGAGAGUCUGGAUCCCAAGGAGAAGAUUUAUGGAAUGGGACAGUAUCAGCAACCUUACCUUGAUAUUAAGGGCACGCAACUGGAACUUGCGCACCGGAACUCCCAGGCUAGCGUACCUUUUGCGGUCUCAUCGCUUGGGUAUGGCUUCUUGUGGAAUAACCCGUCAAUUGGCAAUGUGGUGUUUGGCAAGAACAUCAUGAGUUUUGAGGCGCUGUCGACCAAAGUCUUAGAUUACUGGGUUGUAGCUGGCGACACACCAGCGCAGAUUGUCGAGUCGUAUGCCGAUGCCACUGGGAAGGUACCAAUGAUGCCAGAAUACGGUCUAGGCUUCUGGCAAUGCAAGCUGCGCUACCAGACCCAAGAAGAACUUCUUCAAGUCGCACGCGAGUACCGGAAACGGAAUCUCCCUAUUGAUCUCAUCGUAAUCGACUUCUUCCACUGGACCAUGCAAGGAGACUGGAAGUUCGAUCCAAAGUAUUGGCCCGAUCCCGAUGCCAUGGUCAAAGAACUCGAAGAGCUGAAGAUCGAGCUCAUGAUAUCCAUUUGGCCAACUGUAGACCGUCGAUCAGAAAACUACGAGGAAAUGGUCGAGAAGGGUCUGCUCAUCAGGACUGAGCGUGGUGUACGAACAGCCAUGACGUUCCAAGGCCAAACGAUUCAUUUUGAUUCAACGAACCCUGCUGCGCGGGACUACGUGUGGAACAAAGCGAAGCAGAACUACUACAAGAAAGGCAUCAAAGUAUUCUGGCUGGAUGAAGCAGAGCCAGAGUACCGACACUACGACUUCGACAACUACCGCUACCACCUCGGCCCCAACGUACAAAUCGGCAACAUCUAUCCCCGAGAAUACUCGCGCGCAUUCUACGAAGGCAUGGAGGCAGAGGGCCAAAAGAACAUCGUCAACCUAGUCCGUUGCGCAUGGGCCGGUAGCCAACGCUAUGGCGCUCUCGUAUGGAGCGGCGACAUCUCCUCCUCCUGGGGCACAUUCCGUAACCAACUCGCCGCAGGCCUCAACAUGGGUCUCUCGGGUCUACCCUGGUGGACAACCGACAUAGGAGGUUUCCACGGCGGCAAUCCCGACGACGAAGCGUUCCGCGAACUCUUCGUCCGCUGGUUCCAAUGGGGCACCUUUUGCCCUGUCAUGCGCCUACACGGCGACCGCGAGCCACGCCAACCCAAGACCGCAGACAGCCCAUCCUGCCGCAGCGGCGCAGACAACGAAGUCUGGUCGUACGGGCCCGCCGUCUACGAGAUCUGCAAGAAGUACAUGGGCAUCCGCGAGGACCUACGUGAGUAUACAAGGAAGCUCAUGGAGGAGGCGCAUCAGAAGGGUUCGCCGGUUAUGAGGGCGCUGUUCUAUGAGUUCCCGCAGGAUAGCAGGUCUUGGGAGGUGGAAGAGCAGUAUAUGUACGGAGACAAGUAUUUGAUUUGUCCGGUGCUGGCGAAGGGCCAGACGAAGAUGAAGGUCUAUCUUCCGCCACUGGAGGGUGGUAAGAAGUGGAAGAGCUUUUGGGGCGGGGAGACGUGGGAUGGUGGGAAGGAUGUUGAGGUUGAGAGUCCGUUGGAGGUUAUGCCGGUGUUCGAGCGCGUCUAG